AACCCUGGAACUCAAGCUAACAGCAGAACAAAUAUCUUGAAAAAAGUUUCCAAAUGUUUCGAUCAAAAAUCUCAACUUUACUAAAAAAUGCAUCAAUUUAUACAAAACCCAAUUCAAAAUUUUCAUUUUUAAGCAACCCAUUUCAUCAUAAAUAUGAAACAAGCCCAUUUUCAUUUGGGGCUCAAAAUCUUGGUAGUAGAAAUUACAGUCUGUUGUGUUUGAAUGAUUUGAGGAAUAAUAAAGGUGCAACAAAACAGAAAACCAGAAAGGGUCGUGGAAUCGGGUCGGGUAAAGGUAAAACAGCGGGUCGUGGACAUAAGGGUCAGAAGGCAAGAGGUACUCAUAAGUUUGGGUUUGAAGGUGGGCAAACCCCUUUGAGACGUCGAAUGCCGAAACGAGGUUUUAAUAACCCAUUUAGUCUUGAAUUUCAGCCAGUUGGUUUGGGAAAGAUCGCAAGAUUGAUCAAUGCUGGGAAGAUUGAUUCUUCAGAGCUCAUCACAAUGAAAACUCUCAAGGAUACAGGGGCAAUAGGAAAGCAAAUAAAAGAUGGAGUGAGGUUGAUGGGACGCGGAGCGGAACAUAUUCAGUGGCCAAUUCAUCUUGAGGUAUCAAGGGUAACUGUUCGUGCAAAAGAAGCAGUUGAGGCUGCUGGUGGGUCUGUGAGAAAAGUGUAUUACAAUCAGCUUGGUUUUCGUGCUCUGCUAAAACCCGAGUGGUUUGAGAAGAAAGGCAGACUUCUUCCAAAAGCAGCAAGACCGCCACCUAAGCAGAUGGACAAAGUUGAUAGCAUUGGUCGUUUGCCAGCUCCAACAAAACCAAUCCCCUUUACAAAGGAAGCUGAACAAGCAGUUUCUGCUUGAAUGAUUCAUAGCUUUUGGUUUGUCGUAUCUGGUUCUUGGCUAUGUAAAACCGACCCAUAAAGGCCUGUUUUUCACUGUAUUGUUUGAAUAUCAAAGUAUUUUUCUUUUUCAAA